CGUGUUGCGACCUUUGACCUCUUCAGAACCGCAGAACCGCAGACCCGCAGUCUAGUCGCUGCUGAGUUUUGCAUUAUGUCGUCCGGACGGCGACACCCUGGAAACGUGAUGAAGAAGAUGGAGAUAGAAGUAAUAUGGACGACUACGCUACUCUUAUUAUGGCUAGGCCACACUCUAGCUCUUGAAAUACCAGCUCACCACUCUUUACACGAUGCACUACACCAUUUCGAGGUCCUGCACGUCAGUCAACUCUCCCACCACUCCCCUCCUCACACCUCACCCCCUCACAACAAGGACACCAUUCACCUCCAUUUCAGAACACUAGACAGAGAUUUCAAUCUAAUACUGACUCCAUCUCUAUCAACUGUACACAACUCUCUCCACGUCACUAUUGUAAGCAAGAGAGGAGAAGAGAGAAGACCUUUUCCGUUCACCCAUUUCUACAACGGCUAUUUGCUGGGGUCACCUGAUAGUCAUGUGAUAGCUCACCUCCAGCCUCAGUCUGGACUCCUCACUGCAUCGCUGCACACUCCUACAGAGGUGUACUACGUGGAACCUUUGUCCAGGCACCUUCCCGAAUCACAUGACAGUCACAUGAUCUCGUACAAGCGUCCCACCUCAAAUUUAACCUGACUGGGAAGUCACUUCAACAUUUCUGUGGUAACAAUGACAGCACGUCUCCAGGGAAACUGACAUCACCAUGGAAACAUCCUACUUCACAAACAAAGUCAAUAGCAAAGGACAACCACUUCCUCUCUACAAAGCUUGGCUGGGGGGAGAAGCAGAGACUGAAGCGGGACCUGUCGGGCGAUGUCUGCACUCUUCAUCUUGUGGUCACCCCGUCCUUCCACAAUCAGAAUUCGAAUGACCCCGACACCACCGCGCUGUUCCUGCUAGGUUUGAUCAGCGAUAUCGACAAAAACAUAUUCCAAGUGGCCAAUUUUACUUCCAAGCGACCAAGACUAGGACUUUUCGUCACCAACAUCACAAUUUAUGAGUCAGUGACAGACCCCAGCACACCAGAGUAUGCGAGAGAGAGAGAGAGAAACUCGGAAAGUCUGCUUAGGAUAUUCUCACAGGCAGACUGGAGCGACGUGUGCCUCGCCCAUCUCUUCACUGCCGUACGAUUUGACGACGAGAGACUGGGCGUGGCUUAUGUUGCCAGCCGUAAACGUGACAACACCGGAGGAAUUUGCUCACCUUUGGUAGGUGAUGACGUAAUAGGAGGCCAGGAGACGGCGAAUGUGGGCGUGUCCUCAUUUCGUAACGCCAACAACAAACCCCUGCUCUUUGCCGAGGCACGGCUGGUCACCGCUCACGAGAUUGGUCACGGCUGGGGCAGCGAGCACGAUCCGGGGGGGGGUCUCCGCUGCUCCCCUGCCCUCGGACGAAGUCAGGGCAAAUUCCUCAUGUUUCCGUCGGCAACCGACGGGGACCAGCGAAACAACGACAUGCUGUCGCCGUGUUCCGUCGACAUGAUAUCGGAUGUCGUGCAGCGGAAGGGAUCAUGUUUCAAAGAGAGAUCCCAGCUGGAAGGUCGGUGUGGUAACUACAUCGUCGACGAGGAGGGAGAAGAGUGCGAUGCCGGGGCUCUCGGGCUGGUCGAUAAGGACCCCUGCUGUACUGCAGACUGUCGACUCCGCCCCACCACACCCGAUGGUGACACAGUGGAGUGUAGUGACGUCAACAAUGAUUGCUGCGAGAAUUGCCGUGUUUCGGGUCCAGAAUCGAUGAAAGUUUGUCGGGCUAAUGGUGAAGGAAAUGCAAAUUGUCUCCGCAGUGUAUUUUGUAUGGGGGAGAAAGUUUGUCCGCAAGAUUUGACCUUUGAACUCCGAUAUGUUGAUGAGAACUCGACAUGUGGGCAAUUGGGCCGAUGUUUACCACCUCAGUCGACGUGUGAUGUUGAUGGUGAUUGCAUAACUCCGAGUGAUCCUGAUGUUCUCGUCUGCUACAACUUCUGUGAAUGGCACGGACUGGAAGAAUGCUUCUGUUCAGGGACUGAGGAGUGUAAGUUCUGCUGUUCAGACCCAGACGCUGGGAACAAGAUGUGCACUCCGUUCAACGACGUGUCGAAACCCGAUCGCUCUUCCUGCAUCGGAGGAUUCUGUGAUCACGGGGUGUGUGUUCCAGCAAGCCAGGAUCUAAUCCAGCGACUAUUUGAACUCUUUGACAACCCAUCUCUUAAUACCUUUGUGGAGUUCAUGAGGGAGAAUAUUGUUGGGACUAUUAUUAUACUGAGUCUUUUGCUGUGGGUUCCUGCAUCCUUCUUCCUCAGUGUAUUUGACGCCUAUCUCUGGCGGAAACACAAGCGGGUCGCACGAGAGUAUGAGGCAGACCUUCAGGACGCUGAAAUGGAAGACGAAGACGAUUUAUUCAAGUACGACAACGUCUUCGAAGAAAUGGAGCACAGCCAACCCGGCAUUCUCAGACCGGAGGCUAAAAUCGCGCUCAUGAGGAUGGAUUCGGGAGCGAGCGACGAUUAUUUCGGUGGGGACGACCUGGGGCCUUUAACCCCUCGUGUGCCGGUCACGGCGUCCGACCCGUACAGCGGAUUUUGGGAGCAUAGACUGUCUACUAUAACGGAGGAGUCUGCAGGGAUUUUCAACCCAGAGAGAGACAAUAUUCAUCUCUACAGCAUCAGUAGGACACUGCGAGGAUCAGGUGGCGAAGGAGCAAGUUUCUUACAACGAUCGUCGUUUGACUCUGAAUCUGCUGCCGGUACACUCGUGUAAAACGGCAAAAUUACAUGAAGUGAUAAUUCCACUGUGUUGCAAUUAAAAUCUAUAGAUUUUUGAAAGCACCAUUAUAUAGCACAAAGAUCACAACUAUAAUCAUUUUGCAUUUCACAAAAGUAAUUUUGUAUAAUAUUAUACAACCACUACAUAUACUGUCAGCUCUUCAGUGCUGCUGCGUGAUGACGAAUGUGGUCUUCAACGAAACUUCCGAUGAAAUAGUAGCUAUGAUCGUAAUCUUCUUGCAUCCUCAGUAUAACCGGCACACCGGCUUCCUUCGCACUCGCAACAAAAUUCUCCGGAGCAGCUGCCCCGCGCCGAGGAAAGAGUCCGAUUUGCCCUGGUCGAUCAAAAUGUACGAGAAAUUCGGGCCGUUGUAGUUCUUUACGAGUUCUGUGGCGUCCCAGGCUUUCCACUGUUCGCGGUCCGGACCGAGAUAUCCGGAGAACGCUUUCUGUCCCCACGGGCAGUUGACGGGGUUGCAGAUCGGCGCGAACGCGGACACGGAGCGGUAUGCGCCUGGAUUCUUCAGCGCGCAGAUGAGCGCGCCGUGCCCGCCCAUACUAUGUCCGAAAAUCGACUGCUUGUCCGGAACGACGCUGAAAUUCGUCCGGAUCAACUCGGGUAGCUCGGACGUUACGUACGAGUACAUUCGGUAGUUGUUCUUCCAUUUCUCUUCCGUUGCGUUUACGUAGAACCCCGCACCCGUACCGAAAUCCCACGACUCGUCCUCUCCUUCGAUGUUGCAGCCUCGCGGGCUGGUGUCCGGUGCAACGAGCAGCAGACCGAGGGAUGAGGCUACUCGCUGAGCCCCUGCCUUCGCCACGAAGUUCUGAUCGGUGCACGUGAGCCCGGAGAGCCAGUAUAGAACAGGGACCUUUUCGCUCUCCACCUGCGGUGGGAGGUAGACGCCGAUCCGCAUACGGCACUUGAGCUCGCUGCUGUCGUGCUCGAAGACCUUCUGGAGCCCGCCGAAACACCUCGCAGACGAAACCUCCUUCAACGCUCCGGUCGCCAUUUUGCGAAGUAGAG